AUGAAAUGUUUCAACAAGUUGUGAAUGGAUGGAAACAGCUGUUUCAGUGCGAACAAUUGUGAAUUUUUCUACUUUGCUGUGAUCGUGAUAAUAAACAACACCAAUUGUAAUAAAGUUUGUUAUUAAUAAUAUUUAGUUUAUAUAUAAAAAUAAAUAUGGUCUCAAAACCUAAUGAUACGGAUUCGAGCGAUUCCGAUGAUGGAGAUGAUGAACGAAUGCGUCAGUUCCUGGAAGCGGCGGACACUACUUUGUUAACCAACACCAUGUUUCAACAGACAGAAAAACAAAGUACAACUAAAGAUAAGACUCCUGAAAAAGUGGUUCAAAUCACUUUAGAACAGAAAGGCCCUAAAUCAAACCGCUAUUUGCUGGACGAUAACUUGGAAGCUAAUGUAGACUUCAUCGCUACAGAGUCAACACAGAAAUUUGUCGGAAAGAAAUUGUCUGAACUUAUAGCAAAACAUGUGGAAUUUUUUAAUAUUGACCCACCAUCAAAAGUUAAAAAAACGAGUAGAAACCGUGUUACUUUACUAGCAGGGGCAGAUUGUUAUGUAAAGUCCUAUGAAGAAUUUGAAUACGAAACGAUGGGCCCAACACACCGUCCUGAGAUAAAGCGAAGAAAAGUAGAUAUUGAAGAGGAACCUCCCGAGGAAGAACUCUUUAAUUUGGCAACGGUAACUGCGGACGACAUCACCAGUGGAAAGCUUAUAUCCGGUUGGUCGUCCCAGCCAGAACGAAAGGAUAAACAUUUUCACUAUAAAAGUGAUUCAGUUGGCACGCUCCAUUUCAAACCUGUGGAAAAUGAGUUUACAAAGCUCCGUAACAAAAAUAAGUGGAAUGAAGCGAAGAUAAAACAAAAAAGAAAUUUAAAAUUAGUAUAAUUUUUUUUCGCCUCUUUAAUUAAAAAAUAAACUUAAAAGACUAAUUACUAAAAUUAUAA